AUGCCUCUAGCGCUGUCGGAUGGGGUAGUCAACAGCAUGGCUGUCGGCGCGCUCUUUAAAGACUAUAACGGUCGGAUCAACUCUAUGGAUUUCCAUCGGACGGAGGACCUUCUUGUGACGGCGAGUGAUGACGAGUCCAUCCGAGUCUAUGACACGUCAAAUGCCACCCUGGUGAAGACGAUUCACAGCCGCAAGUACGGUGUGGAUCAAGUAGUCUUCACUCACCACCCCUCUGCCGUGCUCUACUCCUCCAAAAACGGCUGGGAUGAAUCGCUGCGCUAUCUCUCCCUCUACGACAAUCGCUAUCUGCGCUACUUCAAAGGCCACCGAGACAAAGUCGUCUUUCUGUGCAUGUCCCCUAAGAACGACUCCUUCCUCUCUCUCGUUCACUCACCCUUGCCUCGUGGCUUAAUGCGGGUGAGGGGGCGGCCAGCAGUGGCGUUUGACCAGCAGGGGCUGGUCUUUGCAGUGGCCAUGGGGGGAGGGGCAGUGAAGCUGUUUGAUGCACGCUCGUAUGAGAAGGGUCCCUUCGAUACAAUGCUGGUGGGAGGAGACGAGGACGAGGUGACGUCCAUCAAGUUCAGCAACGAUGGCAACCAGAUCCUCGUCUGCACCCUCAACGGCCGCAUCUACCUGCUGGACGCGUUCGAAGGGCAGAAGCUACACACUCUUUGUGUCGUACCCGAUAUUGAUGGCGCCCCGUUGGAAGCCUCUUUCAGCCCAGAUGCCAAAUACGUCGUAUCAGGCUCGGGUGACGGCACGGUGAAGGCUUGGAGUGCCGCCACUGGCGCUCAGGUGGUAACCUGGGGUAACCAUGCUGGGGUGCCAUCAGUGGUGAAAUGGGCCCCACGUCGGCUCAUGUUUGCCACAGCCUCUGUGCUGCUAUCCCUCUGGAUACCCGACUUAUCCAAGAUUCCAAGGCCCGGGUGA